AAAGCCCUUAGCCAAACUAGGGACUAGUUUUCCUCGCGCAAAUUUAAACGAUGAUUAAAGAAAAGUAGCUGAAUUUAAUUAGCUCUCAGAACUAUUUUAAUAUUUACUUUCGUCCUUUUAGAAUAGACUAAGCUGAAAAAUGUUUUUUAAAAAAUACUGCAUAUAUGAUUGCCAACUUGAUGUUGAUAAUGUGCAGGAGGGAAUCGUGCAUCAAAGCACGGAUAGUCACGAACAUUUAAAUGGACACAAGAGAAGAUAUUAAGGCUAUUGAAAGUUGUUACGGUUAAUUAAUAUCAUUCUUAGUCUCGAUGCUUUGCUUUCACAUCGCACAUUUCGUGAACUAACCAAAUAAUUUUUUGUUAGUGAAGGAUUUCAAGAAAUUAGCUAUUUUGUGAACUUCAAGAUAUCCUUCAGCCAUUCUUUUCAUUUGCUCACCCUCGGUUAAUCCUUUAAUUGUCCCUUUUAAAAUAUCGUUUAUUUUUCAGUCACUCUCCUUCGCUGGUUGAAAAUUUAACAUUGGGCGUGAUGAUUAAAAAUGUUCUGAGCACGUUUGGUGGAGAGUGAGGAGGUGACUGUUGGUGGCUAAGCUACUCUAGGAAGUUUGAAACUAGAUUGUUAUGUAUGUGUUGCAUGUUUUAGUAUCCGUGUUUCGUGUAACAACGAAACGAGAUAAUAUUUUUCUUUAUGAGAAUAUCAGUUCGGCUUUAGUGGUAUGUCAUUAAAAUUGCGUUUAAAUAUUUACCUUGUACGCUAUAAUAUUAAUAGAACUUGUUGCUAAAGAGGAGAGUUGUGAAGAAACAUUGGAAUUUUAUAUGAUGAUCAAGAAGAGCCGCUUAUAGUAAUUAAUAAAAACACAUCACAUUUAUUUUAUCUUGUUUUAUCUCUUUUUUUAUCUUUUUAUCUUUUAAUAAUAUUUUCUUUUUCAUUACUAUGUCUGGUUGGUGCCUGUGUUGUCUGUGUGGACGUCACAGCAAAAGUGCUGAUGUGAGCAAAUAAUUAACAAUGAUAAUUCAUUGCAAAUUUCCCACACUUCAUUCGUGUCAAGUUUUGUAAGCAAAACUUUAGUUAAACAAACAAACAAACCCCACCCUCUUCUCUCUGCAUCUGCACAGCCUAUGCUGAUUGACAUACUAGUUUGGUGUUUUAUUUUUGCAUUAUGAAGUUGCCAUACUCUUUAUAGACAAAUGCUUUGUUUUUAUAAAAAUAACGUGUCCUACUUGGCAAAAACUUAUUUUGAAUUCAAAGUGGCAUAGUUCCUGUUACUACAAACAUUUUUUCUUACUUCUCUUUUCUUGAGGAACACUUAAAAAAGCAAAUAAUUGUUAUCUUCACCACUAACCAGAGGAAUUACUCUUGCUUUUUUAAUGGACUUUUUUGUAUUUGUUUAUUGUACAGUAGAGAAGGUUACUUCAUUGUGAAAUUAAACUCUAUGUUUUUAAGGAUUAUAUUAUUUAUAUUUCGAGAGAUCAAUAUUAUAUCAUGUUAAUAAUGGUCAUGUGCUGAACACAAAUACAAAAUUAUAUGUUAUAAAAAGUUCGUGUAUGUUUACAACGUCUGCAAUCAAGUUAAUAUUGCUACUAAUACAAAGCGAUGGCUUAUGAAAACAAAUUGUCAAGCAGAAAUGAUGUAAUUUUUACGUCUGAAGAAACUGGAAAAGUUGGUGUUUACAAAUUUAUUGCCCAAGACAAUGAAGGAGAUUUUUAUGCAAAGACAUCUGGAAUCUGUGUCAUUUAUACAGCUGACACGGAGACCAAACCAACACGUAAAAGAUUCACUAUCAAAAGGAUAUCCUUAUACUUAGGAAUAGUAAUUCUUUUUACAUUAUCUAUUGCAUUGAUUGCUUCAGGUUCCAUGUACCUUAAAGACUGCCCUGGUGCAAAGGAAGUACCAAUAUUUUUAAUUAUUAUUGGUUGCCAUGCAAUAUUGACGAUUCCAUACAUCACCUAUUUAACUUAUAGCAACGGAGACACGCCAGAGGGCGAUUGUUGUUUUCUCUUGGUAAUUUUACCCUUUCUCGUUUCAAUAACGAUAUUUAUUAUUACGUUUCCUGCAAUUUACGGAAGUUAUAUGGUGGCCAAAAACUGGAGGAAAUGCAAUCACGAAGCAAUAUAUUAUGUUGCAUUUAUUACAUGGUUGUUUAUUUUACUACUCUCUCUGGUUUUGGUUAUUGUGUUGAUUUCAUUUGUCUGUGUAACACUCGACUGUGGUUGUGGAAUUGAAAAAUUGUGGAAAAGGAUCAAAGUUAAUUAUUUUUGACAAUGUUUUUGCCACCCUGUUAUGAUACGUGUAAAAAAGUAGCAAAGUUGAUUAACUCCUAGGUAAAAAGUUUACAAUUCUCGAUCAAACAUCAUUGUGCAACACAAACAAAAACACAAGCAGCAACAUACGCAACAAAGUGCAAUCCAUACAGCUGUAGUUGUCCAAAAUGCGAACAGGUAUAAAACGACAUGGCAAUAUCUGUCACUAGUUUGAUCCACAUAUUCUGGUUUAUAUGCGGAAUAUACCCACACGUUGCCACCAAUAAACCAUCCAAAAAGAAAGCAUUGCAGACAACCACGUAGCAUUCGUACAGGUGACGACACAUUUGACGAUGUGUCUUUAUUUUUUAUUUUUGUAAAUAGUUCCAAAAUGUGGACAACAAGACCAACUGUUCCGGACACGAUCAGAUAUAUGGGAAUGUUAACAUCAAUUGGACAGUGGUGACGAUGAAUAACACCUGAAAUAACAACAAUAAUUAAAAUAGCUUAUAAUAAAGGAAAAAACAUUGUAUAUAUAAUUGUUUAUCUUCACAGUGUUCUAUUAGUUUUUAGUAAACCUCUACGUGGCGUAGAAUAUUUUCA